UCAUUUUGAAUUCCAUCCAAAUUUCUUAUCGCUUUCAUCUUCUCUUACAACCAAAAUCUCUGUGAAUUGACGUGUGCGUUUUCAUCAUCUUCAUCACCAUCUCUUUCUCGUUGUUUUAGUGUUUAUCAUCUUCAUCAAUUGUAAUCUCAGCCAUUUGUCAUCAGAGGUUGAAGAGGAAACAAACUGGAUGAACUCUGUUAGGAGUCUUAAGAAGUUGCAGGAGUCAAUUAAUCCACAGCCCCUCAAUGGGUUAGCACUCGAAUUUGAAACCCUAACUUCCAAAAUCCGUGCUUGUUGGCCGUUGCUAUACCUACAUCUAACAACAUUAAUCUCUUUGUUGUCCAUGUUUGUCGCCAUUAUUGGAGGUCUUGAAGAAAUUCUUGAGUGUAUGGAAUAUGAGGACAUGGUUUAAGGUUGAAGAGGAAGAAAAACAGUAAUGGAGAAGGAAGAACACGUUGAAUGGAAGAGGAAUAAGGUGUAGUUGUUGUAGGGCUGACAAAGUUUACCUGAAACUUCUACCUUCUGGUCACGGUAUGUGCUGAUAAGGUGACAGGUAGGAGGUGGUUGUUUGGUAGAGGGGUUGCUUGAUGGUGGUGGAUGGAGUAAUGUAGGAGAUGAUUGCUUGGUAAAGGAGUUGGGCAUUUAGUUUUUUUUUUUUUUUUGUUUCAAGUUUUAUAAAGUUAAACAACUUUGACUUUUUGGGUCUUUCAUUGCAUAUAGGAAUAAAAAAGUUAGAUCUUUUUAGAAUAAACGUAAAAUUAGACAUUUAUUUGCAGACGAAUUAAAGGUUGACUUUUUAAAAUCAAGUCAAAAGAGAAUAAGUUAGAUGAGAUUAAAAUAAAGGAAUUUUUUAUAUGGUAGCAUCGAACUUUCAUGAAAUGUUAGUAAUAGUACUUUUGAAGAUUUUUUCACAUGGUAACAUCCAGUUUAUGCCUUAUCUAACUGCCAUAGCAUUUUAUGUUAAAUUCUUAUCAAGUUCCAUCUAAUUCACCAUUUUGACAAUUCUACCCGUAUUAAGUAUUGGUUGUUGUCUUUAUAAUUUUCCCGAAACCAUUUUUAUGUCUCAAAUGUUUAAUUCAUCGUUUAAUUCAUCAACACUCUCAAAUGUUGUAACGAUGUUUUCAUUCACAUUGUUGUCUUUAUAAUUUACCCUAGUUAAGUACAUAUGUAUUUAGGAAUGCAAACGGUUCGGUUUGGUCUGGUCUGACAUCUGAAAAUUUUCCAGAUUAAAUUGGACCGUUUAAAAUCACCAGACUGGACCGGACCAAACCGUUCUACAACGUCUGGUCAGGUCUAUGGUUUUUUAUUUUUAUAUUUUUCACAAAUUAAUAUAUGUGUUUAUACAUAUAUUUUCGUAACCACAAUCACAAAAUAUAACUAAAUCUCAAAAUACCUAGAUAGCAACAUAUUUUUUUCAAAAAAUUAUGAUUUUUGGUCAUAGUAUGGUUUGAUCUGGUCUGAUGUGAAAAUAAAAAACUGGGACCAAAACGUAAACCGUUAUUUUUUUUGAAAAACCAGAUCAUAACGUUUAGACCGUAGAUCAGACCACAUAUUAAAAUUACAGUUUGGUUCGAUUUGGUUUGCGGUUUAGACCAAACUUUGUUCAACCCCAUAUGUAUAAGUGCUUCAGAUGCACAUUUUGAGCUUUAUAAUCCUAGAUUCCUAGUUAAGUACAUUAUUAUGGCUUAUGUAAUAGUGCUUAAGGCACCUUUUGUCAAAAAUGUCAACAACUUGAAUGAAAACAAAAUUGUUACGGCAUUUAAGAGUGUUGAUGAAUUAAAUAUAAAUUAAACGUCAAACUGGUGAAUUAAACAUUUGAGAGCAUAAAAAUGAUUUAGAGCAAAUUAUAAAGACAACAACCAACAAUUAGUAGGGGUAGAAACGUCAAAAUGAUGAAUUAGACAGAAAUUGACCACAAUUUAAUUGAAAAUGCUACAAUAAUUAGAUAAGAUAUAAAGUGAAUAUUAUUAUAAAAUUUUACAAUAAUAUUAUCACUGUCAUUUUAUGAAAGUUUGUGGUACAAUGUCGAAUUUCCGUGAAAUGAAUAAAGUGAAACAAAUGAACAUUCGAAAAAAAUGUAAGAGUGGAAAUCGGGUGAGGAAAACUAAAAUCCGAAGUGUCUUGAUUAAUGGGGAUUGAGUACAGUGACUGUAGUAUUUUUGAGCUAAAAUUUUGACGCCAUUGUAAUUGAAGAGAAACCAGAGAAUCCCCAACAGUUCUUCCCAAACACAAAAAAAGUAGAUUAUCUGAUUGCUCAUUAUAGAAAAGCAGCUAAAAGCCAUGUCAAAGAUCCCAAUUUUCUUGCUAAUUAUCAUAGUAUCAUAUUUUAUAGUUAUCAUUUCAACUAUUUAUUGGGUUCUUCCUCUCCUUUCUUCCUCUAAUUCUCCCCUAGAUCAUCACUAUAAUGUUGGAGAUCAAGUCCCUCUUUUUGUCAACAAAAUUGGUCCCUUGAAUAAUCCUAGUGAGAUAUAUGAAUACUUUGACCUGCCAUUCUGCCGUCCAGAUCCUAUGGUCAGAAGGAAGGAGUCAUUGGGGGAGGUUCUAAGCGGUGAUCGUUUGACGAACAGUCGAUAUGAGAUGAAGUUCCAGGAGAUGAAAGUGGUGGAAAUAUUGUGCGCUAAAACACUUAAUAAAGAGGAAGUUGUAAAAUUUCGUGACGCAAUUCAAAGAGACUUUUACUUUCAGAUGUACUAUGACGACCUCCCACUUUGGGGAUACAUUGGGAAAGUUGAAAAGGCGAGCCUAAGUCUCGAUGUGAAAGGGCCGAGGUUUUAUCUUUUCACUCAUGUUCAGUUUGAUGUCUUAUAUAAUGGCAAUCAUGUUAUAGAAGUGCUUGCUUUCAGUGACCCCAAUCAUGUUGUCGACAUAACAGAGGAUGCUGAAAUUGAUGUGAAGUUUACUUACUCUGCAAAAUGGAACAAAACAUCUAUUCCAUUUGCAAACAGAAUGAGAAGAUAUUCAAAGGCUUCUUUCCUGCCCCCAAUUCAGCAGCUUCACUGGUUUUCAAUCAUUAAUUCAGUCGUUAUCAUAUUACUUUCGAUGGGAUUACUUGCUAUGCUAUAUUGGUGGAAUAUCCAGAGUGAUUUGAAGAAGUAUUUUAAUGGAGAUGAAGACGAUAGAGAGAUUGGAUGGGCAUGCAUUGAUGGUGAUGUUAACAGAUGCCCCAAAUUACUGCCUCUCUUUUGUGCCGUACUUGGAUGUGGCACUCAACUUCUUCUUAUGGUUUGUUGCUUGUUUGUAUUGACAUCUCUUGGUCUUCUAGAGCCUUAUACUCAUGGGACAUUGUGGACAGCCUCUGUUGUGAUAUACACUAUAACUUCCGCUGUUGCUGGAUACACUGCAGCUUCAUAUCACUGCCAAUUUUCUGAAACUGGAUGGGAAAGGAGUGUUCUUAUGGCUGGGCUUCUUUUUAUCGGUCCAUCGGUACUAGUUCUAUUCGUGGUUAAUACAGUGGCUGUAUCAUAUGGGUCUACAGCUGCCGUUCCUUUAGGCACCAUUGUUGUGAUGUUAUUGAUUCAUAUUUUUAUUACAACUCCACUCCUUGUGCUAGGAGGAACUGUUGGAUGCUAUUAUAGCUCUAGACAUUUUGUGCCUUCUACCAAGAGAUACGUUCGAAAAAUUCUUCCAUUAAUCUGGUACAUGAAAAUUGAGAUUCAAAUGUUUCUUGGUGGUCUCUUACCAUUCAGUGCGGUUCUCGUGGAGUUGCAUCUGUUCUAUGCAAGCACAUGGAGCUACAAAUUAUUUACACAGCCUAGUAUUCUGUUCAUCAACUUCUCAAUGCUUGUCUGUCUUACUGUUAUUCUGAGUGUGGGUUUGACAUACAUUCAGCUCUCCAUGGAAGAUCCUGAGUGGUGGUGGAGAUCGAUAUUACGUGGUGGAUCAACCGCUAUUUUCAUGUUUGUCUAUUGUAUUUACUUCUAUGCGAGGUCAAAUUUGAGCGGCCUAAUGCAGUUGUGCUACUUCCUUGGCUAUAAUGCUUGCAUUUUUUACGCCUGCUUUCUAAUGCUUGGUGCAAUUGCUUUCCGUUCUUCUUCAAUGUUCGUUUACUACAUGUGCCAUGGUGUUAAGAGCGAGUGAAUAUGAUUCCGUUUGAUUAUUUCCCUGACUUUCCGCUCUUUUAUUCCAUUAAAACAUGAUAUAAAAACCCGAAGAUAGAGAUCUCUUAUCUUGCUUGCGUUCCAUUGAAGAUAAGCCAGAAGCUAUGUGGAAAUUGAAAGAAUGGAAGACGCGUUUCUUUCGGAUAAAGACGCAAGGCCUUGAUGAUGAAAAUUCCAAGGUUUGUUUUAAGAAUAAGCCUGAUUUCUAAAAUUAGUGUAAAUAACUUACAUGACAGCAUGAGCCAUUUGGCUGUUGUUGUGUGUUUGAUGGCUUUAAGUAGUUGCUUUUAGCUUAUACUUGAUUCAAGAAAAGUGAAGUAUUGAUAUACUUAAGUUAUGAUGUUAUAUAAACUAGACUUUUCUCUUCAUGUAAUUGUCAUGUAAGAUUUUUAGUGUUUGUUUCAGAUUAUAAUAGAAUGUAGUAAGAAUAGCUCAUCAAAGUAUGUGCAUUUCUUAUUUAUAUGAUGUUGAAGGAAAAACAUAAUUUUCUACUAAGUAAAAUUGAUACAUCCAACUCUGUAAACUCUAUCUAAGUAGGAGUCUAUGUGAGACUCACUUAAUGGCAAUCAAAUAUGUAUAUGUUGACUAUUAUUAAAAUCACCUCGAAUGCAAAACAACUUAUUGUUUUGAGUUGAAAAUCACCCUUUUAAGGAAAAUGAUGUUGGAUCAU